UCGUAUAUGAGGCGCCAGGCUUCAGAGUAGGAGACUGCGAAAUGGGUGUAGCUAUGAAGGAUCCUUGCGAGAAUUCUGCAGAGAAUGAACCGGAGGAAGAAGUGAAGGCGGCUGCUGGGGAUUUUUCAGAGAUUGCGGAGGCCGAAAAGGGCUCGGUUGCAGAUUCGGACUCCGAUUUUGAGACAGAAGGUGUACCCGGUACCCUUGGACUUGGAGAAGUGGUCAAGGAUACCCUCUACCUGGGGUUUUGCCAGGCCUUUAAUGUUGUGCCUGUCUCCUGCUUUCUGCGCCAAGAAAAUGCUGCAGAGUUGAGCCUGCGGCACCGUGGCCUGGGACCCCAGGGGGCUCAGGCUCUGGCUUCUAUGUUGACCUCCAAUCCUUAUAUCAAGCGACUGGAUCUUCGGGACAAUGGACUCUGUGUGGCUGGUGCAGAAGCCCUGGCAGAUGUCCUGAGCAAAAACAGCAGCAUAUCUGAUGUUGACCUGUCGGAGAACCAGUUUGGAGCACCAGGGGUCCAGGCCCUUUGUGCUGCCCUCACAGUGAACCAGGCAGUGCAGAAGAUGAAGCUGGCAGGGAAUGGCCUGGAAGAACAGGCAGCCAAGUACCUUGCUGAUCUCCUGCUGGUCCAUACCGGUCUGAAAUCCCUGGAUCUCAGCUAUAACCAGCUAAAUGACCAAGCAGGAGAGACCCUUGGACCCGCACUGGCAGAAAACACAGGACUCACAGAACUUGACAUAAGCUGGAAUCACCUCCGAGGCCCAGGAGCUAUAGCAUUUGCCAGGGGAUUGGAGGCAAACAUCUUUCUGAAAGUUCUGGACAUCUCAUACAAUGGCUUUGGUGACCUUGGAGCACUGGCUGUGGCUGAGGCCCUGAAAGUCAACAAUGUAUUGGAGGAACUCAACAUGAGGUAUCCAGGAAUCCCAUGCAAAGUGAAGGCUGCUUUGGUCUCCUCAAGUCUGUCCAGGACAACACAGCAUCUGCCCUCGAACUGCUGGAUAUCUCUGUAAGAGCUUUUAUAAGCCUUCUCUCUGAUCCACCAAAAGCCCUGUGAGCUUCUAUCAUCUCUAUUUUAGACGCAGAAAGUGAGGAUUACAGAAGUAAAGUGCCCUGCCCAGGUACAGCAUGUGCUAUGGUCAGUGUUCCAAUCCAGGCCUAAAUGUAGGUCGUGAGACAGCUCCAGCUCUGCUUCCACUCUGGGCUGGUAGCUUUGCUAUGAUCUCUCUCACACUGUGCCCCUGCCUGAGUUUUUCAAUGGCUGAAGGAGAAAGAGGUGGAGGUUAGGGGCUUGAUGCUCAUAGUCCACUUAUGUUUAGAUCUGCUGGCUCAGCACCUGCAGGGUUGCCUUCCACCCUUGUCCCAUCCCUGACCUAAACCACCUACAGGUAGAUUCUGGCACUGGGAGAUUCAUGUGUAUAAUUGUAGGGGAGGUUAGGACUCCUUUUCGUUCAGUGUUGCCUUUUUAAUACAGAAAAAGUCACUCUUUUCUAAGAAUGAGAGAAACUUGUGUUGAUAUUUUGUUUUUGAGAUAAGGUCUCACUACAUACAGUUCAGGUCAGUCUUGAACUCACUGUGUAGCCCAAGGUGGCCUCAUAUGAGGCCUUAUCCUCUCAAGUACUAGGAUUAUGGCAUGUGCAAGCUGAGAAUCUUAGAAUUUUUUGUAUAUGUGUGAUACUUGGGAUGUAACACAUGUAGGCAAGCACUCUACCACUAAGCUACGACCCCAAACCUCAAAAAUAUAAAUUACUAAAAGAAAUGCUGAGCUAAACUUUGAUUUAUUUCAAUCCAGACUUGAGUCAUAGGCUUUCUAGAGAUGUAUCCCACAUCUUUCAGAUUUUGGGACAACUGAUCUCUUCAUUAGCCCAAAGCCAGCAAUUAGCAUGCUACACCUCUUCUGCUUUGAAAAUGCUUGUCAGCAUUGUAUACUAUUCUUUAAAAAGGCGGAGGUGGGGUGGGAUAUGAAGCUCUCCUGUUAAAGUACACGUUUAUUCAGUACAAUGCAUCGGUAUUAGCUGAGACCUGUAGUAUAACAGGAAUACCGGGCUUUGGAGUCAGUUCUAGCCUGAGACCAAAUCCUGGGUUCAUUAAUGUGAAAUAUUGCACAAAAAUCUGAAACAGGGCUGGAGAUAGAGCUCAGCAGCACAGCACCUGCCUGGAAAGUACAAGGUCAUAAGUCUGAUCCCCAGUACAAAAAAAAAAAAAAUUCUUAACCAGAGAAUCAUCACCAGUAACCUACAUCUAAUGUUCUAGUUUCUAUUUUUUUUUUCUUUUUUAUCGGUACCGGGGAUCGAACUCACAACUGUCUGCUUGCAAGGCAGGCGCAUAUGCCGCUGAGCUAAAUCCCCAGCCCCUUAGUUUCUAUUCUUUAAAUGUUAAUCAUUAGUCUAAGAUGACUAGCCCAGAUGUUAUCCUGAGCCUUGAGGGAUAUGCUAUGAAUCCUUAUAGUUCAAGUCAAACUCUUCAUAGGGUUCAGCCUUGUCUAUAUUUGAAGUGAGUCUGACAAACACCUCCCAGGGGCAUUAUGAAGAUGAAAGAGAGCCAGGUAUGGUGGUGUAUACCUGUAGUCUCACCUACUCAGGUGGCUGAGGCAGGUAGAUUACCUGAGCUCAGGAGUUCAACGCCAACCUGGGUAACAUAGUGAGACCCUCCCCAUUUCAAAUAAUAAUAAAUUACUUGAAAAUAUGUGUAUAAAUUAUAUUCAAAUAAUACUAUUUUUUAUUUUUUAUGUUAGCCCCUAUAGAACAACUUUCAGAGAAAGAUUCUGCUGAGGCAGAAGGGAUAUGGUCAAGGCAAGCUAAUUACCGGCUUUGGACUAAUGGAAAGAGAUAUCACAAGAAUAUAUUUAAGUUCUAGUUCUCUUGUCCUCAAUCCCUUUGUUUUUGACUUACUAAUUUAAUUAGCAUGCUAAAAAGUGCACAUAGAUUGAGGUUAGAUUACAAAUAGCAUAUACCUAUAUAAAGGAUCCCCAGAUCAAUAGAGCACCCCCCCAAACCUCCCUUUGACUCCCAUUUCUUCUCUGUUUUAAUAGGGUAGGUAGUAUGAGAUUGUCAUGCACAGGAGGGAAAUGCCCAAAGAGGCUUCUUUAAUAUUGUGUGUGUACACAAAAAUAAGCAACUUAUCAGAAAGUAUUCAUACACUGCCUUGUGAUGGGUUUCUUCUUAGGAUAUCGAGGUAAACAGAAAGUUUGAUGACCUUGCCAGCUCGGUGAAGGUAAUUCUUCCAGGGCUAUGCAUAAAGAAGGGUGCUCAGAGAGAGUGGCAUAUAAAAGAGUUGUUGCCAGUCUUCAGACAGUACCCACAAGGAUCUGCACCUAAAUGACUUUGGA